AUGGCCACACCCCAAGCUCAAGUGGACCUUAGCGACAAGGCCGCUGAGGCUUUCCAAGAUUUCUUCGGUCAACUCUACACUUUCUUCGAGACCGUCUGGACGCGCUUCUGGAAGAAUGGCUACGCUUCGAUCGCGCAGAUGAGCGGCAAGCGCUGGACCAAGGUUAUCGGCAGUGUUGUCUUCUACCUCAUCGUCAGACCCUACAUUGAGAAACUGUUCAAGUGGAUGCACGACCGUGACCGCCGCAAGGAGAAGGAGAAGAAGGAGAAAGAGCGCGCGGAAUUCGGCAAGGUCAAGGUCUCGGCGAACUCGCUGCGCAGUGGUGGCGGCGGCGGCGGCGACAAAGGCAAGGUCCUUGGCGAAGUCGAGAACACCGAUGAUGAGCUCGAGGACGAGGAAGAUGUUAUGGCGGCUGCCAGUGGAGUUCCGGAGUGGAACAAGAUGGCUCGCAAGCGUCAGAAGAACUACAUCAAGAAUGUCAAGAAGGACCAGCGCGCUGAGGACCUGAGCCGCGAGCAGAUCAUGGAAUUGCUUGACUGGAGUGAGGAUGAGGAGCACGCUCCUCAGGAAAAGAAGGAUCUGUGA